AAAACGACAACGAAAAAAAGUUGCAUGUCAAACGAAAAACUCAAAAAUAAACAAAUUCGUGGCAAAUGUUUAAAACAAAUAUUUCUUAUAGUUAAAAGAAAAUUUAUAAGAAAUAACAAUUAAAACAAAAUGGCCAAUCUAAAGGAUGAUUUAGAUCAAUAUUUGUUGCUGCAAAGUGAUCAAAAGAAAAAAUUCAAUGUAAAAGUGCCACAACUUAAGGUGCCAGAAUUUGGUAAUAUUUUCAGCAGAAACACAGAACCAGAAGCCAAUAGUUGGCUAAAGGAAACACAGGACUCCUGUUGUCCUAAAUUGUCACGCUUACAACGCAUAGUAGGCUUUGUAGCCUGUCUGGGCAUGGGUACUUUAUGCAUGACCAUCUCCAUGUUUUACAUACCAGUACUACUGUUGAAGACCAGAAAAUUCUCCUUACUCUACACCAUGGGCAGUUUAUUUUUCAUUUUAAGUUUUUGUUUUCUCUCCGGUUUUAUGGCUUUCUUUAGGACUUUGUUUACUAAGGAACGAGCCCUAGUAUCGUCGGCCUAUUUCAGCUGUUUAUUUGCCACCUUGUAUUGUGCUUUAUGGGCCCAAAGUACUGCCUUAACCGUUUUAUUUGCUCUAUCACAAAUGAUUGCUUUGGCUUUUAUGGUCAUUAGCACAGUACCGGGCGGUUCGUCGGGUAUAAAACUGUUUGGUUCCUUAUUCAAGAGUAGUGUUAGUUCAUCGGGUUCGAGUGCUUUGCCAGUUUGAAUCUGCUGCUGCCGCUGCCACUUUGCUGGUUGACUCUUAAUAUAUUUAAUAUAUAUGAUUAAUAUUGAUAUAUCCUCUCUCGAUAAUUGUAAAUAUAGUGUAUACGUGUACUUUUUUUCACUGUAGCUGUAGUAUGUAUUGGAUGUCUUUGACUUUGAAUAUAUUUUAAAAUAAAAUAAUAUAUAUUUUUUUCUAACUA